AUGUCGACAGAUUUGUCCGCGCCCAUUACCAACACGCAGUUCGCAGUCUUCACCGCAGUUGAAGCCGGUGACAAUCAGACGUUCCCCAACGUGCUGGUAGACACGGGAAGUGCGUAUCUUUGGGUUGGUGCGCACCAGCGGUACGAACCCGGGCCCGACACUCAAGCGAUCAAUGCGACAUUUGCCGUUGCAUACGGCUCUGGCUACGCCAACGGGACAGCCUACAAAGAUGCCGUGACCGUUGGCUCUGCAACCGCCAGCGACCAGAUCAUUGGUAGCGCAAGUUACGUGGAGGGCUUCCCCGAACUGGGCGUGUAUGAUGGCAUCUUCGGCCUUGGCCCGCCGGGCUCAAACAUCAACCAGACAUCGGGAUACCCCACGACGCCGACAUUCAUCGAGAACCUCUAUGCGCAGGGAAGCAUUUCCGAAUCGAUCUUUGGACUUUAUGUGCCCUCGUUUGUUCCAGGCGCGGUCAACACUGGCGAGAUCACCUUCGGAGGGGUUGAUUCAAGCCGGUUCGUUGGUGAGAUUGAGUGGAUUCCUCAGGAUACACCAUAUAAUCAGCACUGGAACUUCAACGCGACGAGCUUCUCAUGGGGCAAUAUCACCGCACCUCAGCCAAUCUUCGCCCGUACAGACUGUGGUGCUCUGGCUAUCCUGAUCCCGAAUGAUCAGCUUUUCACUAUCGUUGACACUAUUCCAGGGACGACGCUUGAUGAGAGCAACGGCUCGUUCUUAGCAGGAUGUCUUAUCUUCCCGGCAAACAUGACCGCGGCUGAUCUCCCGCCCUUGGAGAUCGGACUCGGCAGUCUGCAAGUGCAGGUACGUGCAGAAGACUAUAUUGUCUCACCGAGCGUGUACUCAGCGUUGAACAUCACGGACGACGGUAUGAUGCACACAUACGUCUGUGCUGGCGGACCCUCGUUUGUCAUGCUGGGUCAGAAAGUGCUGGAGCACCUGUACUCGGCAUACGAUAGUGCGUCUCGUUUCUCCCUCUGCCUAUCGUCCCACGAAGUGACUUGCGGGCCUGUGAUGAACGUGCAGUCGUGA